AUGGGAGAUCAAAGCCUCGGACUCUCCGCUUAUCAAAAGACUUGUGGGCAUUCGGAACAAAAUCCAAGGGCUACAAGUGGAUUUGGAGAGGCAAACAGAUUGAUGGUUGAGUGGUUUGCGACGAGGAAAACUGGGACGGCAAAUGCAUAUGACUUCUUUAUGACGAGAGGUCCUGAAGUGGCAUGGGCAUCAAUGGUUUGGAGGCCGAAGAUUAUGCCAAAGCAUCGAUUCUUUCUUUGGUUACUUGCCCAUGAGAGACUACAAACAACUGAUAGAUUGUCAUAUGAAGAAAACAAGAUAUGUGUACUUUGCCACGGUCAAGACGAGUCGAAUGAUCAUGUGUUCUUUGAUUGCCCUGUUACACGUGUUCUUUGGAACAAGGUGAGAAGUUGGCUAGAGAUAAAUCAUGAUGUUAACUCUGUGACAGAGUUAUUUCACAUUCUUGGUCAACACUACAAAGGAGCAAGUCGGAAAAUAAAAGCUCGGUAUGUUGAAAUUUCUAGUAUGAUAUAUGUUUUGUGGGAAAUCCGUAAUAGAUGCCGCUAUGAGGGAAUGACUCCUGAUAUUAUUAGGAUGUUGAAGAAAAUUCAAAUUCAUGUUUAUCGUUUUGUGGACUUCUCUAGAAAUUAA